AUGGAGAUGGAAACGACAGAAGUGAGUUCAGCUAAUGACGAUGAUUGUAGCUUGGACCAAGAGAUGGAAACAGAAAAAUGUAAAUGUUGUGGUUGCAAACAGUGUGAAAUUGUUAUCGCUGUAGAUAUUAUUAAUCAUACAUUUCCAAUAUCUGAGGUAGCAUAUGAUGUGUAUGUGAGAUAUGCCAAAUGUGUUGGCUUUGGAAUUCGGAAGGGAGAUUUUGUGAAAACCAAAGAUGGUUGUUACUCAAGGCGAAGGUUUUUUUGUAAUAGGGCCGGAUUGAGAGAGAAGAAAUACUAUGACAAUAUUUCACGAAAAGGGGAACAAAGGGCUAAGACACGAACUAAUUGUCAAGCUAAAUCGUGUUUAUACUUUGAUAAAAGUGCAACUGUUUGGAGGGUUAAGAAUUUGUUCGAUGAACAUAACCAUGACUUAGUUCCACAAUGCAUGGUUCACCUAAUUCCGAACCAUCGGUAG